ACCGAGCUCUCAGAGAGAGAGAGAGAGAGAGAGAGAGUUUAUAGACAUGAUGUCCUACAUGAAGCAGCCUCAUUACUCAGUGAACGGCUUGACUCUGUCCGGUUCCGGGAUGGACCUCCUGCACUACCCCAACACUGCGCGGAAGCAGCGGCGCGAGAGAACCACGUUCACGCGCGCGCAGCUCGACAUCCUCGAGACACUGUUCGCCAAGACGCGGUACCCGGAUAUCUUCAUGAGAGAGGAAGUGGCUCUCAAGAUCAACCUGCCCGAGUCCAGAGUCCAGGUGUGGUUUAAGAACCGUCGCGCGAAAUGCCGUCAACAGCAGCAGCAACAGACCAGCGGUCAGACCAAACCCAGACCACCGAAGAAGAAGUCGUCUCCGGCCCGAGAGCCCAGCGUCAGCGAGCCCAGCGCCAGCACCAACGGCCCCUACAGCCCUCCACCUCCUCCGGCCCCGAGCUCCAGCUCCACCAGCGCCACCGUGUCCAUCUGGAGCCCGGCCUCCGUCUCUCCGCUCCAGGACCCUCUGUCGGUCUCCAGCACGCCCUGCCUGCAGCGCUCCAGCGCCUACCCCAUGACCUACACCCAGGCCCCGGCCUACGGGCAGAGCUACGCCUCCUCGUCCUACUUCACCGGGCUGGACUGCAGCUCGUAUCUGUCCCCCAUGCACCCGCAGCUGUCGGCCACAGGGGGCGCUCUCAGCCCCAUGAGUGCAGCCCUCGGCCAGUCGCCCGCCUCGCUCUCGUCGCAGGGCUACACCGCCGCCUCACUGGGCUUCAGCGCCGUCGACUGCUUAGACUACAAAGACCAGACGGCGUCCUGGAAGCUGAACUUCAACGCUGCGGACUGUCUGGACUACAAAGACCAGAACUCCUGGAAGUUCCAGGUCCUGUAGAGCGUCCAGAAGAAGCUUCACUGCACUUCUACAAGGUUCAAAAGCAGGGAGGUUUUAUCUGCAAUGCCAGAAAUAUAAAAUUUUUGGUUCCCCAAUGAACCUUUGAGAGUAAAGUGGAAAGAAUCUACUGAUCAGAUUACCUUUUUCCAAGUACCUAAAGUAAUGCAUUACUUUUUAAUUGAAAUAUGCAAGGUACUUUUUCAAAUAAGAGUUACUUUGCUUUCCAUCAGCCUGAGGCUUAUUAACAUCUCUGGUAUGAAAGAUCAUUUAGAGUUGGCAAAAAUAUAAUUUUUGUUACUAAAAAAAAACCAAAUAAGCCCAGCCCAUGAGAAAAAAGUAACUCAAAAGUAAUGCAUUUCCAUACGUGAUGCAAUAUUGUAAUGGAAUACUUCUAAAAGUAACUUUCCCCAACACUCAUAUAACUUGUAAUGGUAUUAAUGCUAAAAAUGGAGAUUGUAUUGGUUUUAAUGGAAACUGUAAAAGUCCCCGACUGGUAAUUUGCUGGCUUGUAUUAGUGGCGUGUUAAAACCACUGAAUACUGAUACAAUUUGGCCCAAAACUCACUACUUACUCAAAAAUAAAGGUCCAGAAUGUGUUUUGUUUGAAGUGAUGACAUAGAAGAACCAAUGUUUUGGUUCCCCAAAGAGCCUUUCAGUGAAGAGUCCUUAAAAUAACCUUUUUUUUUCUUAGUGUGAAGAACAUUUGAAUCAUCUAAAGAACCUCUUAUUAUAAGGAUUAUAUUUUUCUGGACGACAAGGAUAAACGUGGAGCUGAUGGUCCAGAUGGAGAUGUUUCUCACUGUCUUGAUUAUUUCUGAGUAACACUGAAUGAGGUGAAGCUGGUAGAUGAUAGAGAACUGAACACAGCUCAGAUGUUUGGUUCAGUAAAACAGUGAUGUACAUCUCAACACGGUUAGAAGACCAUCAUCAUCUGAACUGCUACAGUCUUGUUGUUCUAGAAGGUGUAUUAUUAGGUUAGAUGAUGUUUCGAAGAUCAGAAUCCCAAAUGUUUGUUGAAAAGCUUCUUCUGAAACUGAAGAACGAAGCUGAGACUCAGAGACUCCAGGAGCAAAGCAUGCUGGGAUGCCACUAUAAGUCACAUGACACGUGAACUCUAGCGCUCACUAGAGCUGAAGAUGUUUUGUUAAUGUUUUAUAUGUUUUCUUAAUUGAUAUGAUGAUUAGAUCAAACAUCUGUUGUUUCUUCUAGAGUUGUUCUUGACCUGUGAAAGGUUCAGUAUUUACCGACGGUGAUUCUGAAGCGUCAGACUGUACUUGAACGAAUCGUGUUGAGUUGCAUGGAGUUGAACAUCUUGACGUUUAGAUGACGUUUGUUUUCUUGUCAAUCUCAGGGCUUUCUCAUGCUUUCCUCGGCUCGUAACGCUCGUCUGUUCAUCAGCGCUCUUUUCUGAUGUGAGAUUGUGUGUUUCUUUGUAAUGUCCUGCUGUUCAUUGUGUUUGCUUUUACAGUCUUGUAGUUUUGAGACUUUUAAUGAAUUAUAAAUAAAUAAUUUCUUUCCAUAAAU